AUGCCGGAGGUGGGCACGACCAAAUUGUACACAUUUGGCCAUACCAAAACCAAGCCCAACUUCAACCCUACCUUCAGCUCAAGCCCCUACCCCAACCGCAGUCGCAAGCGCAACCACGACUCCAGUCCUUUUCGACGAGGAAGCGCCAGUCUCGCGGAAGUUCGAGCUGGGCAUAAGAUCACCUUCAGGCCCAACAUUGCGAUCAGACGCCCAGCCGGUCGGAUCACUGGCCGUCGCGGACACAAACUCUUCCAUUGGACUAGCCGAGCUGGCCAUCUGCCGCCGCCCAUCCAGCUUCUCCUUCUUGCACUGCCUGUACCCAUCCGUGAAUUAGCCUCGACACGUGAAGAGGAUGGAGACUACAAAGGCCGACCGCCCCACAGUGGGAAGGUAAAAGUAGUUCCUCUGAUAUGCAGACCAAGUUCUGGAUUCUCCGAAGAAGAGGCACCGGCUGAAUAG